AUGGCAACCACAACUCUGCUUCAUCUGCUUCUCCUGCUGGCCCUAUGCUGGCCUGCAUAUGGCACGCAGAGCAACUGUGUGGGCUGUGGACUCCGGCCCAUGGCUGCCAAGUGGGGCAAGUCACGCAUUGUGGGUGGCACUGAUGCCCAGCCAGGGGCCUGGCCGUGGAUUGUCAGCCUCCAGGAUGCCCAUGGAAUAGGCUCUGGGCACAUCUGUGGAGGGUCCCUCAUCACUCCCCAGUGGGUGCUGACAGCAGCCCACUGCUUCGUCAAGGCCAGCCACGUCAGCAAUUGGCGGGUGGUGGCGGGGGUCACGCAGCUGUCCCGACACGGCCCCGAGACUCAGACGCGGCAGGUGCGGCGGCUGCUGCUGCACCGCAGGUACAACACCGUCACCGAGAGCCACGACAUCGCCCUGCUCCAGCUCGACCGGCCCGUGCGCUGCGGGGACCACGUCCAGCUGGCCUGCGUGCCCCCAUCCUCACAGCCCCUGCCCCCGCUCCAAGACUGCUACGUCAGCGGCUGGGGCUCCACCGUGGCCAGAGCUCUAGGACCACCUGAUGUGCUGCAGGAGGCCAAGGUGCAGCUCAUUGAUACAAAGCUCUGCAACAGCAGCUGGUGGUACGCGGGGGCCAUCCAUGAGCACAACCUGUGUGCAGGCUACCCACAGGGUGGCAUCGACACCUGCCAGGGUGACAGUGGAGGUCCUCUUGCCUGCCAGGACAGGAAUGGGCCUUACUUCUGGCUGGUGGGAUUGACCAGCUGGGGGAAAGGCUGUGCCAGAGCCAGGCAGCCUGGCGUCUAUACCUCUACACAGCACUUCUACGACUGGAUCCUGCUCAAGAUGGGCCUGUCCACAGGAGCAACAGCUACCACAACCCCCCAGACAGCCUCCUCCACCCCCACCCCCACGGAGCCAGGCUCAGCUGAGUCCUGUCCCUUCCCACGCAAGAAGCUGGUGGAGUUCUUCAAACUGCUGCAGGAGCUGCUGCAGAAGCUAAGGGGCAGCAAGGCCUGA